GAUCAAGUCUGAGGAACCGACGUUACAGUGUAGCAGGAUCAGCUGUAUCUGCACCCGGUAAAAGUCUGCGACAUUGCCUACUACUGUUGUGACAAUGUCUUCACUUUCAUUCAUGUCCGUCCGUGUCAUAUUACUCUAAUUUUGGUCUGAAACAUAUUAGUGGUUUCCUUUCAAUUGUUGUGUAAAUAAGUAAACACGUUUUAACUUUUACAUGUGCAUUUAUAACACCACGCCUACUUCCUGGAGAUUUGAAUAGUUCACCCAUUCAGGUCAUGGAAUGAACAGUUCUCUCCCUGUGUCGGGGUUGAACCCAAGUAUUCCUUCCUUUUCACUCGACCCUUUAUGGAGACAUUUCUUGGGCGCCAAUCCUUAUUUUCAGCCCGCAGACAGAGCAACAUAAACCGCAAACAACACGACGAUUUUAGAGAUGAGGGCCAUUGGGAAAGUGUCCUUUCAACUGAAGGCACUCAGUAUAUUCCCAAGUAACUGUAAAUGUCAGAUCCAUGGACAUAGGGUAUCUCCUCCUCAAAACUUUACUGGCUAUGAGAGUAUCAAACAACAAUACAGCCCCCAGAUACCAGAGUACUUCAACUUUGCAGAAGAUGUGCUUGAUGUGUGGGCAGAGAAAGAAAAGAAAGGAGAGAAAGGAUCUAACCCUGCCUUCUGGUGGGUGAAUGACAGAAAGCAGGAGGUGAGGUGGAGUUUUGAGGAGCUGGGCUUCCAUUCCAGAAGACUGGCCAAUGUUCUGUCAGGUGCCUGUGGUCUCAACCAGCAGGACCGGGUGUUUCUGGUACUACCCAGGGUUCCAGAGUGGUGGCUCGUCAAUGUGGCCUGUCUCAGAACCGGAACAGUACUGCUGCCAGGUACCUCUCAGCUGACAGCCAGGGACAUCCUCCACCGGCUGCAGACCUCCGGGGCCCGCUGUGUCAUCACAGACGAGUCCCUGGCCCCCCUGCUCGAUGCCGUGGCCUCUCAGUGCUCCAGCCUGCAGCACAAAAUACUGGUGUCCCCCACCAAGAGAGAGGGCUGGAAGAACUUUGGAGAUCUGGUGAGGAAUGCGUCCAGCGACCAUGAGUGUGUGAAGACUCGCAGUGAUGACCCUAUGACCAUCUUCUUCACCAGUGGGACCACAGGGUCACCUAAGAUGACCCAACACAGCCACAGCAGCUAUGGGAUAGGCCUCACUGUCAACGGAAGGUACUGGUUGGACCUGACGGAGAGGGAUGUCUUGUGGAACACAUCUGAUACAGGCUGGGCCAAGUCUGCCUGGAGCAGUGUCUAUGCCCCCUGGAUCCAGGGAGCCUGUGUCUUCAUCCACCAUAUGCCCCGCUUCGACAGUCACACUGUACUGGAGACACUCUCCAGCUACCCCAUAUCCACAUUCUGCACGGCUCCGACUGCUUAUCGAAUGCUAGUGCAAGAGGACAUGUCCAGUUAUAAUUUCAGCAACUUGCAGCAUUGUUUGUGUGCUGGUGAACCCAUCAACCCAGAGGUGAUGGAGAAGUGGAGGAGUGCCACUGGACUGGACAUCUACGAAGGAUAUGGACAAACUGAAACUGUACUGAUAGCUGGUACUUUUAAGGGCAUGAAGAUCAAAGCCGGGGCUUUUGGGAAGGCUUCACCAGAGUAUGAUGUGCAGGUCGUAGAUGAAGCCGGUAACGUCUUGGCCAGAGGAGUGGAGGGGAACCUUGGUAUCAGAGUGAAACCACACAAGCCCUUUUCCCUGUUUACUGAAUACACCGGUGACCCUGAUCGAACAGCAGAGUGCUAUGUUGGGGACUUCUACCUGACUGGAGACAGGGGUGUCAUGGAUGAGGACGACUACUUGUGGUUCGUGGGUCGAGCUGAUGACGUCAUCCUGUCAGCUGGGUACCGUAUUGGUCCAUUUGAGGUGGAGAACGCUUUGAUUGAACACCAGGCCGUGGCUGAGUCAGCCGUGGUCAGCAGCCCUGACCCUAUCAGAGGAGAGGUUGUGAAGGCAUUUGUUGUUCUAACAGCAGAGUACAAAUCUCAAGACCAAGAUCAACUUAAGAAAGAAUUACAGACGUAUGUGAAGAAAGUUACUGCACCGUACAAGUAUCCACGCAAGGUAGAGUUUGUGGAACAGCUACCAAAGACAGUUAGUGGUAAAAUCAGGAGAGUGGAGCUCAGGAACAAAGAAUGGGGAAGAUCCUGAAUGGGUUUGAGGAUCAUCUGUUUACCUUCUUAUUGGAACAGUGAACAGAAUAUAGUCUGUUUCUUUCUUUUCCUACUAGCACAGACUUUGCUGAUAACUACUGAAUUGAGGAAAAAUGUCCUUACUGUGACGGUGAUAUGUGGUUGUCCCACCUAGCUAUCUUAAGAUGAAUGCACUAACUGUAAGUUGCUCUGGAUAAGAGCGACUGUUAAAUGACUAAAUUUAAAAUGUGAAAAUGAAUCAAAACAUCUGUGAAAUGAAUGGCACAUGUCAUUUUCUAUUUGUCUCCGUCAUUGCAUGAAUAGCUACUUCACACUGGUAUGAAACUUGAAGAAUAAACUUUUGAUUCAAUAUAUUACA